AUGGAGAGAAGAGAAAUCACCGAAAAGGAGGCAGAGCAGAUAGAUGUUGAAUCCCAAGAGUUGGUCCAAAACCUGCCAACAGAAAUAGGCAUGGGAGGUAAUAUUCUCUAUCAAUACCAAGGAUUCUGGUGUCCAAAAGUAUCAAUUAAGGGCAUGAUGUUGUUUCAACACCACUUCAAAGCACAAAAAACUGACAUCAUCCUUGCUAGCAUUCCAAAAUCAGGUACCACUUGGUUAAAGGCCUUGGCUUAUACUGUAGUCAAUCGCUCUCAUUACUCACUUGAAGAGAGCCCUUUGUUUACCAACGGCCCUCAUGGGGUUGUACCCUUUCUCGAGUUUGAUUUCAGCUCCAAAAACCAGUUUCAGGAACUAGACAAGCUUGCCAAGCCUAGAAUUUUUGGAACUCACUCACCUUACUUGGCACUGCCCCGUUCAGUCAAAGAAUCUGCUACUAAAAUCGUGUAUGUGUGUCGGAAUCCUUUAGACAUGUUCAUUUCCUAUUGGAAAUUUAGUGGCAAUAUUCGAAAGGAAAAUGAGAAACAUGUUUCACUGGAAGAUGCUUUUGACAAGUUUUGUCAAGGAGUUCAUGGCUAUGGUCCGUUUUGGGAUCAUUUGUUAGGGUAUUGGAAGGCAAGCAUAGAGACACCUGAUAAGGUCUUGUUUCUUAAAUACGAGGACAUGAAAAAGAACAAUGUCUUUCACAUUAAGAAGCUGGCUGAUUUUCUGGGGUUUCCUUUUUCUGUGGAUGAAGAGAAGCAAGGUUUGAUCGAAGAAAUAUCGAAGCUAUGCAGCUUUGAAAGCAUGGAAAACUAUGAAGCAACCAAGAGUGGCACAGGCCCUCUUGGAAUUCCAGCUAGUGCCUUCCUCAGGAAAGGAAAGGUGGGAGAUUCACUGAAUUAUCUAACACCUUCAAUGGUGGGCCGUGUGGAAAAUCUUAUUCAAGAGAAGCUGCAAGUUUCUGGUUUGAGUUUCUGUAUGUCUGAUAAACUCCAAAAUGGUGCUUGA